AGAUGAUUCGCUAAUUUAUUAUUCUUCUCACGCAGCGAUAGAACGAACCGGCAGGGAUUUGCUUUCAUUUGAGGUGAAUGUUUCGCUUUGCUGUGCGCCGUUUGGCUGUCGCGACUGGCAGCGGUGCCGCCGUCGCUGGGGCUGGGCAGAACAUGAACUCGCAGCAGCGCGUGCUGGAGAUCCGCUCUCCCUUGUCACUGCUGCGCAUGUGCUACCGCAGCAUCGACAUCACAGUGAAGUCACGCCACGCGCGCAACUUUCUCAAGAAGCGGCUCAUCGACCAGUGGGCCGAGAAGAGCAAGGAGACGGACCCUGAGAAGCAGCGCUUCUACAUGGACCUCGCCGGCUCGCUUCUGCAGGCCCUUCACACGGAGCGCAACCCGCAGCCGGGGAAGGUGGUGGUGUUUCAGCUGUCGCGGCGUGUUGCCUACGAGGCGAAGUUGGCGGAGCGAGAGAAGAGCGUCGGCACACGCCGUGUGCGGCGCAUGCCAAAGGAAGUGAAGUCUACUCAGCAUUGA